AAACUGAUACGCACCGAGACUUGCUUAAGCACAGAUUUUGUUCAUUCCAAAAGUAGUGCCGUUUUAACAGACCUAAACAUUUUUGCCUCCACCUGAUAACAUGGAGGAAGGUUACAGCAAUAUGCCUGAUUUGUUUCUCGCCAGUGAAGCGGCAAUCGCUAUUUUUGAUUCUCCGUGGAGCGAAGAAUUCGAUUUGUCCGCAAACAUGGCCGCCGUCGACGAAGGCCAGGACAUCCAAGAUCUGUUCAACGGUGAAACAAACCUGGAAGGCGAUCGGGACGAUGACAAUAGGUCUGUAGAGUCCUGGGAUGGAGGACCAAGCGCCCCGGAUGCCAAGGGAAUCACGGACGAAGAAGUAGCAAACCUCCCGGUUCAAGAGUUGAAUAAACUGCUCCGGAGCGUUCCAUGGGAAGAAGCUGCAAGGAUAAGAAAACGACGACGAAACUUGAAAAAUCGAGGAUACUCCCUGAGCUGUCGGCUACGAAAACAGCGAGAGCAGGAAGAUCUGAUCAACGAAAAUAUGUCAUUGAAGAAGAAGCUGGAAGAUGGAAAAUGGAAAUUACUUAAAGUGUGGAAGGAAAAGGAGGUAUACAAAAGAAAUUAUUUGCAGUUGCAGAAAUAUUUUACCGAACACAAGCAAGGAAUGGAAGCUUUAGAGUCCCUCCCUCGUCAUUAGCAGUUUAGCUUGCAGGCUUUGAACGUUGAGCAGUACAUUUGGCGUACUCCACAGCCACUUGGAUUAUGUAAAAAGAAAAACGGAUAUAGUUCACACUUUGGCCAAUUGGAAGCUAAGAGACCUACUCCUGUCUCGGCAGCUUAAAGAAAAGCCAUUAGUGGAGUGAAAUUGCCUGCCUUGUAAUUAAAACUGCAUUUAUUACUGUCACUUUUAGCUAGUUUUUAUUAAAGCAUAAUUGUUCAUAUUAAGAAGUAGUUCGCUAUAUUGAGUAGUCCAAGCCUAAUAAAACGAAGGCAAUCUUUGAAAUAUAUUACAAUGAAUUGUAGUUAGUGGUGGCCGGUUAAAUCUUGUAAACAACGAGCCCUCACACGGCAUGCCCUUAGCCGGGUUUGAUUGAUAACCAACUUUACAUAGGUCACUGUACGCUUGUACUAAAAUUACAGUGAUUACACAAUCCGAAUCAUGAUCAAUCAACAGAGUUCCUAGAAAUUACUUAUCAAUAGUCACGAAAUCUUCGUUUCAAUUUUGUUUUCUUCCGGAUCCAUCGGCUAAGUUUUACAACCUAGAACCAGUCAAAUAUUCAAGUUACCGGUCUUACAGUCAACUGGGAAUCUUUAAGGAAUUGUGUAGGUAUGGUGCCGGUGCCUGUUUGACUCCAACAUACAUUCACUACACAUUUUCUAAACAGUCUGAAACGAGCCCAUUGCUCUCCCGACUAAGGACAAGUCGCGAGUUGUACGCGCUUUACGCUCCACGAGAGAAAAUUGGAAAAUUUAUUUUUUAAGCUUUCGAUCACUUAGAAAACAUUCCACAUUGCCAAGAACAGUACUUACUGUUUCCGGUCUAUCUUGUUUUGUUUAUGUUGAUAUCGAAAAUGAAAGUGAGUUAAAUUAUUUCUCGAAACUGAAAGUGCCUGAGGGGGCAUUUAGAAUAACACGUAAAUUGCCAAAUAAAGACUUCACCUGUCA